AUGUUACAAUCGAGGGUCUUUGGUCGCAUUGAAGAAAUUUACAAGUUCCACAUUCGAGCCUUAGACUUGGUGAAGCAACGCUCUGGUAUCAAUGUCAGAGAAUGGAACAUCAAAGCACUGGACAUCUCCACGAAGUCUCGUCGCCCCAACCUUCCAUUCAUCCACCUCAUGGCAAUCAUCGUCAACUACCUCUGGCACUACAUCGCCAACCACCUCUUUGGCAACAAGGAGGCCCUGUUGGCCAAGCUCAGCUUGGUGUGCAUCACAUCCUUCAAGUCCCUCCUCCGCCAUGACUCCGGAGCCAUAUGGUGA